CGGUGUAGCAAGCGUUUAGUUUUAUUUUCUACCCCCAACGAUACAGUCAUAGUAAUCGUUAUAGUCGUCGUCAAUGUAGUCCUUCUGACUAUGUCGCGCGAAGUAACAAAAACAUUUUCUCAGUAAAUAAAUAAACAGAGAUGAACAACAACAUUGACUCUGACGGAGUUUAGAAGAACAAUAAGUAACUGUCAGCAGCUAAGAAAAAUCACAUAAAAUGUAAGGAAAUAACCGCAAACCAAACAAAUUUUAACUAAGUAAAGACAGGAAAAGUCAAACUCGACAACUUCGAACAUACGAACGAACACGACAUAGCGAAGUUAACUUGACCAAACGCGGUAUUAAACGACGUCAACGACGCUUUUGUCGGCAGGAAAAUUUCGCUGUCAGCUGUGACGACGACGCUGCCUACAAUUACGGCUGAUUUCUUUAAUGGCGAAUCGUAUUGAAUAGUUGGUUGAUUUGGCGUCGACUUCAACGUCUCGAUCUCACGUGCGGUUUGGUCUCAUGCUCUCAGCACGUUUGUCAUUUUUUAAUUCCGUUUCGGCGGCGCUCUUCGUUCGAUGGUUCCGUUUUGUUUUUCACAUUCUAUUUGCUCAGUUUCCAUGUCGUGUUCUCCGUCUACUGUUUGCCGUUCUCUCAUUAUAUUCAAGUUUGUAAAUUUAUCUGUGUUUGCGGCAGUACAACGAGUAUGCAUUUGGUGUUAUGUGCGUGUGUAGAAAGAGGUUGCGGAGAAAAAUAAACUUCCUAUACUCACAAUCCGCUGAUGAGAAAAAGAUAAACGUCUUGUUUGUAAUGUACAAUGUACGACGAAACGCAGUGUGAUAGGUUGGAAAGUGGAAAAGUUGAGUGAAAAUUGGUAAUUGAAUUGCAUUACUUUAUGCGAAAAGUCAAAGAAGAAAUUCGCACACCGCAUUCGUGUGUUUCAAAGUGUUGUUCGGCUCGUGUGGCCUCGGCUUUCUGGUCGCGAGCUAGCGUUGCAAGAAAACAGCUAAAGCAUUGGUGUGCGCGUUUGAAUAUUGUGCUGAGCGUUGUUAUUCAGUGAAUCUUGGAUCGGUUGGUCAUUUAAUUUGAAUGCAGUGUUGAUUGAACAAAGUGUCAAUCAUGAAAUAUAAAUAAAACUGCGCUUAACAAUAUAGAAAAUGGGAGUUGAAGCUUACGUGAAGAGUGUGAAGUUUAAUGUAAAUGCGUGUGUAUUUGUGUAUGGUGCAAAAUUUCACUAGGACAAAAGGAAAAGAAAAUUGUCAAAUGCAUUUUUUAGAAUAAAAGAGAGCGGAGGUUGGAAGAGUAGAUCGAAACUGGUACGAAAAUGGCAUACACAAAGCCGCGGCUGCCAACAAAUGACAGUGGCAGCAGAGUUGGUUGCGGAGAAGAAUAUAUGAACUUUGUUUUUCUCUUUUGUUAUGAGUGAUUAUACAUUUUAUUUAGUUUAUGUUUUGAAUGAACAUGAUAAUGGCGGAUGCUAAAACAAAAUCGGCGAUUGAAAAUACGUACGUCGGCGAACAGAUGCUGCUGCGUUAAGUAAACUUUAAAUCCAAUGCGUAAAUUGAACACCUAUAUCAAAGGAGUGAAUUUCUGGGACGAGAGCCUUUUUCUCGCUCAUUAUCAAAAACUACAAGCAUUAAUAAAUUGCAUAUAUCAGCAGUGUUAAGCUAAUAUCGCGAAUAAUUUAGACUUUAACGAGACCUGGUCUCGAGGAAAAUAAAAUGUCGACACGCAAAUCGGCGCCUGUAGCUGCAACAGCGCCUCAAACACCAUCAUCAACUACAAAAUCGGAUAAUGGAACUCCGAAAGGGGCAGCAAACGCUACCCCAGCCACAGCCAACACAAGCGCAAAUUUAAAAUCUGAAAUGGGUUCGAACGCUUCCACUAACGCUUGUGAUGAUGUUGAAAUAAACGAAGUAUUGGAUUCAUCUCCCAACAAAGAAACUCCAAAAGCGGAUAUUAAACGCGCAAGUAGCGAGCCAAAGCGUAUAACGAGAAAUUCUCCCCUUUUUCUUAUAUCUCCAACACCAUCUGGAGGUACAAGGAAAGAAUCACGUAGUAACGAAGCUUGUGAUUCUGAAUUGACAAAUAGUGAGAGCGAAGACGGUAGUGCUGUGCGGCGCUUAAAUCAAAUAAAAGGUCGCAAAUCAUUGAAAGAGUGCAGAGAUACAAAAUCAGGUACUGAAAAGGAUAAAACGAAGGAAGCAAAUACAGAAAAUAUUGAAUCUGAUAAGACAUCUAAAGACACCAAAGGAGCAACAGAUGAUAAAAAUAUAGAAGACGGUGAUGCGGAAGGCUCUGCCGCAAAUACAAAUGUAAGCGCUAAUUCCGCUUCAUCAACUACAACAGCAACAAAUAGGACGACUAGAAAGUCAUUUGCACAAGAAUUGGCCGCAAAUACAAGGGUAACACGCAACCGACCGACAAGCACACAACGUCCUGAAACACCUCCAGUUGCCACAACGUCGACCCGUCCGCGUCGUUCGACAGCCGGUAAAAAGAAUUCAUUUUCAACGAAUGAGCCAGUGGCAAAGCGUAUACGUGCCGAUGAGGAAACAACAGGGGUGACAGAUUCACACGGUGGCAAAUCUAUUAAAAUCGAACCCAAAGAUGAUUCCGAAGUCACUGAAGAUGAGUUGCCACCCCCGAGCAUUUCGGUUAGCAGUAAUAAUGACGUCGACACAGUGAAAAUUAAAACAGAGCCCAUCGAAAGCGAUGAAUCCGCAACAGAGGCAAGCAUCGCUGGCUCAAGCUCCAGUGUGACGCGCAGUCGUAGUCGUUGGAGCGUGCGCAAACCUCAGCAAACUGGCCUGCAAUGUUCUCCGAGCACACGUGCUACGCGGCACUCAAAGAACGCUUCGCCGUCGCCAUCACCGACUACUUCAACAACCUCCAGCGCAAGUGGAAGCACAACAAACGAAUCAAAGCGUAAACGUGGGAAUGUUCAAACCAACGCAUUGACUCGUAGUUCGUCUUUGACCUUAUUAAAAACUGCAGCAACAACAGGUGGCCUAAAUCCCGCUGCUACACCACUUCACGUACCUGACGAAGACUCAAAGGAUAGUAUGGCUUCAUCGUCCAUAGAUGAUAUUUCAAUAACAGAUAUAAAGGUGGAAAAGCUGACUCCCGAUUUAGUUGACGAAAUUCAUCCAGACAUUGAGAUAGAAAAAAGACAUGUAGACAAUGCAAGUAGUGAUGUUGUUUUGCCACUUACAGUUGAAACAGAGACGGAAACAAAAAUUGAAUCUAAGAUUGCGAAAAUAUCGGUUAAAGAUAGUGAAACCAAGGAAGUGGUAACAAUUGAACAAUCAACAACAUCAUUGGCGACUACCAGUAACACCUCAGCAGUAAAUGAAGAGGUACACACUAAGGAAGCCUCCUUAAGUCCAGAAAUGAUCAGCGAAGGAGUGAGUGAAAUUAGCGUUAAACAAUUCUACAAAAAACCGAAAUUUCUUGAAAAUAAUUUGGGAAUCGAAGAAGAUCCCAAAUUGGGCGAAAUUGUACAGAAGGUAAGCACAGGAAAGGAAAAGGAACAAACCGUUGUGGAAGACAAAGAAGAAGCAAUUCAUUUAUUGAAAAAUGAUGGGACAUUAGUAUCAUCCAAAAAUAAGAUCAUGUCUGAUGAGAGCGAUGCAAUAUCUAUAGAAAGUGAUGAAUUGAAAGAAGGCGACCUACGUAUAGAAGACAUUACUGAUGACAAGAAAAAUGCAUUCACCGAUGAUGCUAAUAGUGUGAGCACCGAAAUUUUGUCGCCUCUGGUAAUCGAGGAGGAUGGUGAGGCGGAAGUUAUAGACGAUGAUGUUGAAAUAAAAGAUUGUGCGGACUGUGAAAUAAAUGAAAAUACAAUUAAUUCUGUAGAAAAAGAUGCGAAAAAAGAUCUUACAGACGUAAAACCGUCAAACGAAAUAGAUGUUGAAGAUGAUCUCACAAUGGAAGAGAGUGAGACCAUCUCGAUGGAUAACAAUGCUUCAGUGCAGGAAGAUGUAAUGGAAGGUUUGCACGUUGAUGAAGAUAUGGAAAAUGACACACAACAUUUGGAGAAUAAAAGCGAUUUGAGUGUCUUAGCUGACAAAGUUAAAGAGGUGAAUGAAAAGACUAAAGCUGAAUGUGAUAGUAUACAAGCCAAGCUUAAUGUUGAAAAUGAAAAUAAAACCGUUACAAAGGAUGAAUUCAUUAAGGAUGUAAAAUUAAAGUGCUUAAUUGAAGAUGAAAGUGUUGACGCAAAAUUCUCAACAGAUAAACAAAUCCAAAUGGAGAUCGAUGGAGAUGAAUGUAUAGAUCUAGGAGAAGCUAUGGAUGCAGUUAAUUCAGAUGAAGAAGAUGAAACAAAAUUAUGUAUUGAUAUGCAGGAAGAAGAAAGUCCAACUGCAGAUAUGGAGAUUAUUGAAAAUAUAGAGGACGAUGAGGUUGUUGCAAAAAUUGAUGCGGAACUGAAGAAGUACGAGGAUUUGGAGAAGAUCAGAAUUCAUGAAAAAAUUGAAAACGUUGAUUUGCUUACCACUGAAAAAGAUAAAGUUUUGAAAUGUGUUAAACUGUCAGCACCUGCAGUGGUAAUUAAGUCGGGUUGGACACUUAAAGACGAAAAGGAAAUUGCUAAAAUAACUGAAAUUCAUGAAGAUAUGGACAUCACACCGAUUGUAGAGACGACAGUAAUAGAUUCUGCAGAUAAUUUCGAAAUGAAGGAUUCUAUAAACGCAAAUCCUGCUAGUCAAGACACGCCAGCUUCUUCCACAACCAAUUCACCUACUAAACCAACAACAGCUCUUAAGGAGGACGAUUCUACAUCCGUGAAAUCAGGUCAGUCCACUGAUGGCAGCUCCUGGGUUACACUUGAAUUGGAAGAAACCUUACGUCAAAAAGAACAGCAUUUGCAGAAUUUAGGGCUCUUCACACACGAGGCCGCGGAAAAGCGUCGCCAAGAAUUUAUACAAAGUUCUGCCGCUGCUGAAGCUACACGUGCACAACAACAGAACUCGAGCGGCAAUGGGAGUAAACGCAAUGGUAAAUCUGCGAAUGCGGCGUUGACGCAUGAAUACACUGGCACGCUGAGAACCGUUAUUAAAAUAAAUCGCAAUACAAGUAGUGGAAGCCAUACUUCGACCUCCGGCGGUAGUAACGGACGCAAAAGCAAUGGUAAUGGCGGUCAACAUGGUUCGAUAUCGGGUGGCAGUUCUACAUCUAAGGAUGUAUCGAAUGGCAGCACAGUGCGUAGACAAUCACUUAAAAUUACAUUCCAAAAGGGACGCGGACGUGGCCAAGGAAAUACCGAUCGCGCCGCCGAUCAGCACAGCAAUGGAGAGGACGCCUAUUAUACCAUACAAAAUGAGAACGAAGGUGGGCUAAAAGCUGGCAACGCCGGUCCAACGGCGGACCAUUCAAAUGUUCAAACGCAUGGUAGAAAAUCAUACAAUCGAUCUAACACUACUAGCCAUUCUACAAAUACCGCUACCAUUGAUUCCUCACAUUCGGAAGGUUAUGACAAUGCCCAUCACCAUACCAUUGCAAGUGUUUCACACAAAAAGGAUGAAAAAGAAGAAAUACUCAUACCUGAAAAAGCAUCGUCAUUUAAAUUUCAUCCAGGUCGACUUUGUGAUGACCAAUGUUUCUACUGUAGCGGUAAAUUUGGACUGUAUGACACACCUUGCCAUGUGGGCCAGAUCAAAUCAGCUGAACGGCAGCAGAAAAUACUUGCAAAUGAAGAGAAACUAACAGUAGACAGUUGCUUGUGUGACGCUUGCUUCCGUCAUGUAGAUAGACGUGCCAAUGUUCCAUCCUACAAGAAACGUAUGUCUGUAACGGGACAUGUUGAUAGUGCUGGCUCCUCAACAGGCGCGGAAGGUAUCGACAAUGCUGCAAUUGAUGCCGAAGAUGAUCCCAGAUCUCAUAAAUGUUUGAUGCCAGACUGCGCCAACCCAGCUGCACAUUCAUUGCGCCGCAAAUGCAUACGGAAGAGUGUGAAAAAAUUCUUACUCAACUUUGAUAUGCCGACCGGUUCGACUUGUGUAUGGCUAUGUCAAGCCCACUACGAUACCGUCAUUCAAUGUUCGGGAUGUGUAUUGUGUAAACGUCGCUUGGGCAAAAAUCAUAUGUAUCACAUAACGUCGGACACAGAUCGUCUGGAAAAAGCGCUAUCUGAAAUGGGUAUUCCAGUACAAUUGGGCAUUGGCACGGCUGUCUGCAAAUUAUGCCGUUAUUUUGCAAAUUUGUUAAUGAAACCACCAGAUAGUACCAAAUCACAAAAGGCAGAAUUUGUCAAAAAUUAUCGUAAACGACUUCUGCAAUUUCACAAUAUUCAUGAUGGCAGCAAUGAUGCUUCAGAGGCGGAUGAUGAAGACGGCAAUAUUACCAAUGUAACUAUGAGUGAUACAGAAAAAUCAACAUUAAGUAACAGCAAAGCGCCGCAGAAAGCGGAUAAGACCGAUACGUCCAUAACGCUUGAAGAGUCCCCCGUAAAGAAUUUAGCCUCGCCAACUGACUCUAAUGGAUCUUCAAUUGAAUGCUUGGGCGAGGCAAACCAUAUGGAAAUUAGUGUCGGUGAAAAUAACGUCACUGUAAAACAGACACAGCAAAAGCAUACACUGCAUGCUAACGACAUGCUAACAGACUAUGAUCCACCAACCACGUUAUCGACCGAUUCGAAUUCUUCUAGCGCUCCAAUGUCGCCAAUAAACAGCUGCGCUUCUGGAAAACAGCAAAUGUCUAAGCUCAAGGCGAUCUUGCAAAGCAGCAGUGGCACCUCAAAUGCAUCAAAAUCGUCGUCCACUGCCACAAACGCCGGAGCUGCGAGUGAUAUAUCAAAUGUUUUGCGUGCCAAUCCCAACAUUUCCAUGCGUGAACUCUUUCCCGGCGAAGAGGAUCUCGGGCUGCAUUUCAAAGUGCCUUUUGGCAGUAGCGCAAGUCAGCGUACGCCAGAAGGGUGGACUCGUGUACAAACAUUUUUGCAAUAUGACGAGGCAACUAGACGUUUGUGGGAGGAGCUACAAAAGCCUUAUGGCAAUCAAAGUUCGUUCUUACGUCAUCUCAUACUCUUGGAAAAGUACUAUCGCAAUGGCGAUCUGGUGCUUUCGCCAAAUGCUUCUUCCAAUGCUAGUGUUUAUACGCAGACGGUACGUCAGCGUCUCACAUCAUAUGAUCAAGGCCACUGCGGUGGUUUAUUAAGCGCUAAACCCAGCCCGCCCACUAGCAAACGGAGCAGCACUGACAUUCCCACAGUAGAAAUUAAUGAAGACGAUGAUGAACCGAAGCGCGGUGGUUCGAGUGAAAGUAAAGGCCCACAAAUGGAUGUGGAUAAUCUGUCACGGGAGACUCCAAAUGCAAUGCGUUCUAAACGCGCACGCAGUGAUUCAGUAGACAAGCUAACUAAACAGCUAAGCUCCAAUGCUGUAACAAUAAUAGCGCGUCCAAAACCUCAGUCACAAUCAUCUGGCGAUCCUUCGCCACAGAAAUCACUAUUGAAGGAGAAAUCGAACGACACUAGUGCAAUGCCUUCGACUACGCUAACUGUCGUGAGUGGCAGUAGCACCAGUGGUGCAGUCAGUAGCGGCAGCAAUAGCAGUUCCAGCAGUACAUCGAGCAAUAGUCGCAGUAUUUUGAAAACCAAUCUGCUUGGCAUCAACAAAGCUGUUGAAAUUUUGCCAAUAUCAGCGUCAAGCAGUGCUCAAAGCACCAAUGCAGCAAAUACGGCUGGCAAAGCUCAUGGCAGCACUGAAACUAAGCAGCAAAAGAUACUCGAUUUAGCAAAUAAGCUUUUGGACAAUCGCAACGAGGCAGAGAAAACGAAAAAUAGCACGGGCACAUCUUUAUUAACAUCACCGCCUGAACUAGUAAGUUUACAACGGCGAUCAGUCGGUGCUGCAGCUAGCAGCAGUGGCUCCACAAACACUACUAGCACCGCAGCAGCGCCCCCAACGAGCAUUGCAACAGUGUCUUCACUCACAGCCAGUCUUAUAAACAACAAGCGCACGCCGGCUACUGCAAAGGUUGGCGCCGGUGCUGCAACUGAAGGUGGCGCUACGUCGCAUCGCGCACCACCUCCCAACGUGGUAAUACUGCCCGAUACCUUGACAGUGCGUGAACGUCAACAGCGCAGUUGGCGCCCGACUCUCAUGCCUGUUGAGGAAAAUUUGCAUUUAAUUGACAAAGGUGGCCCAUUGUAUCAGACCGCGGAUGGUCGACGCCUACCAGCGCUGGUGCAGGUACUUUCCGGUGGCAAACCGUUCCUUAUCUCUAUAUUCGACUACAACCGUAUGUGCAUUUUGAGGCGUGAGAAACUCUUACGCGAUCAGAUGUUGAAGACUGGCAAGAAUCCGCAUGAUAUCAAGCAACAACAACAACAGCAGCAGCAAUCAACGAAAGUAACCACGACGCCGAAUCUGCAAGGGGCAAACUUUAACAAGCAUGCAGCCAAACAACAGCAACAUCACCUGCAACAACAACAACAUCAGCAGCAGCAGCAAGCAGCACAACAACAAUUGAUACAACUACAAAUGAUGCAAAUGCAGAAACAACAUGCGCUAAAAGCGCCCGGGCGCUAUCCAACAAUCGCUCCCAAACCCACCGCCACAGCUACACACAAUGGCGGCAACGGCACACCCACUUCACACGCGACAGUCACCAACGUUAGCGUACCCAAUUCAAAUGCUAGCGUUUUCUCCUCACCCAUGAUGCCACUACUGACUAAUGCCUUCUCAAAUCCGAAUUCCAAUCCACUAGCAGUCGCUGCUGCCGCCGCAGCCGCCACAGCCAAGCUCAAUAGCAAUGCCUGGAUUUGGAAUUUCCCCGAAUCAACGCAUAUGCUUAACGGCAACAUGGGGGGCGCACAAGGUGCACCCAAAUUGCCGCAAUUGCUGCACAAGGGCCCACAAAUUGGUGGUAGCGGUGGCAUCCCAGCAACAAUGACAUCGAAACAACAGCAACAACAACAGCAAAUGCUGAUUGACAAUACAUUGAUGUCGAAAAUACCUAAAACUCUCACUGUUAUACCACAACACAAACUAAUGGGCAACAGCGGCAACGCGACGACUAAUAUGAGCCACAAGGAGUGAUGACAACUUAAUUGUUACGCGAGUGUUAAAGGCAGAAGAGAACGUCGGCAGCGUCGACUUUUCGGCGCUUGGUUGAGUAGUUGAACAUUGCAGUGAGGCGACAAUCGCGUAAGUUAGCAGUUAAAAUUUCAGCUGAAGAGUAGCUUACGGUUAUACAGGGAGAGCGAACAAUAAAAAAUGCAAAAAUACCAAUUUUUUGCUAGUUAAGCUAAGCAUUCUGCGCAUUCUAUGAAGCGGCUGUCUGUAUUGUUAGUUGGCUGGUGUAUUUUUUGUUUAUCAAAAGUUAGUUUAAUUAAGCUGAGGAGGCCAUAUCAAUGAGUUGCAACAAGUAAAAGCUCGAAAGAUUGAAAUCAUAACUACAAAAGCAGAGAAAAAAUUGGUUAAUCUGAGAAUGUUUAAAAUUAAAUUUAACAAAAAAAUUGCCUUAAUUUAGUCAAACCAGCAAUAUUAUGAUAACCGCCUAAAACACCAACAACUACUACAUAAAAUAUAUGUCAUAUUAACGGUUUCUAAUUUAUUGUCAUCAUUAACAGCGCUUUAUUACUAGUACUUACUUACUUCUCUAAUAUGAAAUUAACAUGCAAAAUUGACAAUCAUCAAUUAUGAAGUAGCGCAGAGCUGGCCACGUUCACUGCAUACAAGCACGAGUGCUAUUCACCUUAGCUUAGCUCCACAUUUUGAUCAAUUAUCUGUCUGAUAUGGCCAUCAACGGUGCGCCGAUAAUAAUGUGUUUGCUUAGUGUGUAAAUAAAUAUGAAUAUUAUUGUUAAAACAUACUGCAUAUAAAAGUAACUAUAUUUAAAACUGAUAAACCAUUGUUGAAUACGUAGAGCUCAAAAAAUUGCACCCGUUUUUAAGUAACGUUGUUCACAGUCACUAGACCUACGUUUGUUUGCUAGCUAACGCAACAUGUUGCGUUGUGUUAAAUCCUGCACUACUGUGCAUAUUAGACGAUAUUUUGCCGCAACACAUGCAUUUACAUAUGUUUGCGGUUAUUUAUCAGGGAGAUUUUAAUGUAUAACAAUGAUUACAUACAUAUUUCAUUAUCCAACUAACUGUAAUCUUAUCGCCAAUGCGAAACAAAAUUAUUUACAUGCCUAAACAUAAGAACACUUUGCAUUGCGCAUAUGAAAUCAUAAACCUACACAUGUAUAAAACAAUUAAAACGUAAUAUUAUGAUAGUGAUAGACCUAUAUUUAUUAAUAAUAUAAUGCAGUUAACUUAAGUACAUAAAAAAGUAUAUACAUACAUACAUAUAUAUUUUAUUAGUGGCAAGCGAAAGCAUCCCUUUUAGGCAAUAAUUACAACAAAACUUUAAAGUAGUAGUAUGUAAAAGCAAAGCGUACAUAACGCCUGUAAUGAAAUCUAACCUCAAAAUUGCCCUUACAGAAUUAAAACUUUAGACUAGUUAAUAAAUAAAAACAAAACAAAACAAAACUUUUAUGAAAAUGUUAAGGAAAACAGUGCCUAAAAUACAGACAAAAAUGCAACCGAAACAACAACAACAAAAAGAACAAAAGAAAAACAACUUGCAAAAUUAUGCAGGAAUUAAUGUUUAAAUUUAUCGUAUAAUACAAUAUACUUGUAUUUAUGUUCAUAAACAUUCAAAAUGCUGGAAAGAAAAUCAGUUAAGUUAUGCAAGUGGUAAUCGUUGAAUAAAGUGAUGCCAAUGUGAAACGUAACUACGAGUUGUUUCAAUACAUUCAUUUAUUGAAAUUUGAUUAUAAAAAAGAUUGUUGUUUCUUAUAUACAUACAAAAAUAUAAAUAUUAUAUUAUAUACAUACAUAUAUUCGUAACCAUUCUGGAAAAAUAUUUAAAAAAACACUCAUGAAUAUAUUUACAUAAACAAUUUACUGUUACGCAGUGAAAUGCAUUGAAUUUUACUGAAAUUGAGAAGUGAAUUACAUACGCACUUGCAAAUAAUAUACUUUAAUUGUAUACUCUGUUUAUUUGUUAAUAAGUUUAAGCUAGACUACCACAUACCUAUUUACAAUACAUAUUCACAUACAUAUGCAUGCGUACAUAUUUAUAUGUAUGUAUAUGUGUGUGCACAUCUUAGUCAUAAGUUCCAUAAUAAAUUAUUUAAUUUUACUUUGUUUAGUUUAAUCAUGUAAUAUUCAUAUAAUUACUCAUAUUUCAAAUAUUAUAAAAUAUUUUAACAACGGCAGAAACUAUUUACGUUAACUACAAGUAACGCUAACAACGUUUAGAAAGCAUUAACUUCGUACUGGAAUGUAAAAUACUAUAUAAGUUUCCUAUAGAAAUUGUUUUUUCUGCUGCAUACAUUUACUAUUUAAUAAAAUUCAGGCAUAAGUACAUAUUUACAUAUAUGUAUGUCAGUGUGUAUACGUGUUGCUAAAUGUAAGCACUCACGAUUUUACGCAUGCCAUAGUCUAUUAUGGAAUGACUUUAUGCCCUUAGUAUAGUUAUGAUUUUAAAGAAAUUUCGUUUCCAUAUGCUUUUACUUAAGUUUGAAAGGCAAUCACAUACAUAUAUCCUGGAAAUGUAAUAAAAUAAUAUCAAAUAUA